UCGUUGUGGCCGUUGCGACUGCUGCUAUUGGAAUGUUUCUGCUGCUCCUCAUGGUUUUGUUCAUCAUCGUUGAGCACUCUUUGAACCCGGCCAUACUCCGCACCGCCCCUCAGUUUCAGGGUCUGAAUAACUCGACAUGGUUGGUGUUCCUCCCACUGGCUCCUGUGCACACCAGUUCCGCUGGACUCUUGGUAGUGAGCUGCUUCACCUUUUUACUGACGCUGGUUUUCUUGGUGGUUCUGACUCACCUGCUGGGAUUUCAUAUAUUUCUCUUGUCGAAGAAGCUUACCACAUAUGAGUACAUGAUGAAAAAGCGGCAAGAAGAGAUGGAUCGGGAUUUGGAAUUGGGACAGAAGCAAUCCCUACCCACAAGUGCAGAAUCAGCAAAGACACAGCCUUCUGUGGAUGUAUCUGUGGACUGUGAAUCAUCAUGCCCAGUCAAGCCAGUCAAAGCAGGUGAGGCUUUAACUUAA